UUAGCCAACAGCUAGUUUAAAGUAACCCCAACAACAUAGUGCUCAUACAGAUUCACCACAAAACGGAUGCUAAACUUUUUUUAUUGACAUACGAUUACACGUAUUUACUCAAACGUGUUCUGCGUAAGUUUUCCAAAGCAUGGUCAGUUCGGUUUUAGGUGUUUAUCGGGCUCGUUGUUUUCUAAGGCAAGCUAAUAUGAACGCAAGUUAGUUAGCUAAAGUUAGCGUCGCUGCUUUGUAAUGUAGGUAAACAGUAAUGUGGCUAGCGGUUAGCUAAAAACGUCCCUGAAAUAAGAGGAUAAGCGACUCAUCAAAGGAGACUGCUGUCCCAUUUAUACCAACAGGGAACCCUCUGCAGACUUUGCAUCAUGUCUAUUGAGUUUGACAGUGCUGCCCUGCAAACCCAGCAUGAUGAAGAAGAAGAGUAUGACCAGGAGGACUAUGCAAGAGAGCAAGAGCUGCACAAAUUGCUCACCGACCUGCCCGAUGACAUGCUGGAGGACAGCAUUGACUCCUCCUCCCCAGAGCUGGAGUACACUACCUGCACCAAUAAAAACACUGGCAACAGUCCACAGUCCACUUGGACCCAACAAAGGCCAACUUCUCAUGAACAGAACUGUGAACCUGACUGUGAUCAACGCUCCCAGGACGAGUACAACUAUCAGGAUGGAGCGGUUCAGAUCAAUGGACAUCACCCUCAAACUCAGCCUCAACCUCAAACCUGGAACCAAGACCAUCAGUUCACCCAGGGGGAUUAUACGUACACCAGCAUCGGCACCGAGAAAUCUACCAAUGAUUUCUCUGCAGAUGAGUAUGAGUCCAAACCAUAUCCUCCAGGCACUAAUAACCCUGUGGUGUUUAAUGGAGAGGCGGGACGGAGGGACGAUCAACAUUACGGAGUUCACAACGGCAUUAACCAUUUUCCUUCGGGGGCGUUGGACAGAGUGGAUCAUCACACGGCCAGCUACAAUCCUCACCAUCCUGCUCAUCAGCCAAAGAUGUUCAACACACAGGCCGUCCACCAAGAAGGUCAAUUUGAACAUCUGCAAAGAGAAUUCCUCGACUCUGCCCAGCAAACUGCUGAUAGGGAGCAGCUUGCCCAGGUGCAGAUUUUGAACAAAGCUCAGCAGAGGCAAAUUGAGGACUUGGAGCGAAAACUGGAGGAUUCAAGGCGUAACAUGAGAUAUAUCGAGCAUCAGUUUGCAAUUGCCAAAGAUGAAAAGGAUGGCCUAGCAGUAAGCCUGACGGAAUCGGGUCAACUGGUUGAAGAGGCCAAGGAGAGAGAGGUUCAAAUGCUGAAUACAUUUAGGGCAAUGGAGCAGCAAGUAAAGGUCCUCACUGAGAGAGACCAGGAGAACACGAGGAAGCAGAGAGUAGCAGAGGCUGCGUUGGACAGCAUGAAGCAGCAGAUGUUGGAGCUUUGUCGCUCUGACACUUUGUCCAAGACGCGGCAGCAGCACGACAGAGACCUCACCGUCAUGAAGGAGCAGCACGAGGCAGCGCUGCUGACACUACAGCAGAAACUAGAGUCUACCGCUCAGGUUCUGAACGAACAGAUUGAUGUUGAUCAGAGGUUACGGGAGCAUGUGAAGCAGCUGGAGCGCCAGAGAGAAGAGGAGCAGCUGGAGAGAGCCAGAGUGGUCAACGCGCUGACUCAGCGUCUGGAGGAGAGUCAGCAACAAUGUGCCAAGCUGCUGCAGACAGGCUCAGUGCAGGAGAUGAGUCGGAUACAAAUCAAACUACAACAGGCUCAAUCAACCAAAGCGCUGAGUGAAAACAUGAACACAGUCCUCCAGGAGGAUCUGGCGGAGUUAAAGGAGCAGAUCAUGAUUUAUGAAUCUGCUGUGAAGCACGGUGUUAUUGCGUUAGAGCAGAGCAGCAACUGGGACAACCAGCUGUCUGACUCCUGUGUAGAUUUAGGACUAAAGAAAGCAAACAGGAAGAAUGGCUUGCUUCACAGCACCGCCCUGGCUCACCUGUCGGACUCCAAGCUGCCCAAAGAUGAAGCUGUGCGGCUGCUGCGGGGGGAGAUGCAGCGCUGCCUGGGGAGCCUGAAGGGGAAGCGGCAGAAGAUCAGUCAGCUGCAGGAGGAGCUACACCUCUGUCAGGACCGAGUGGGCGAGCUGCAGAACCAGCUAGAGGAAGCCAAACUCUGCUCUUCGGUCAGAGAGAACAGUCAGAUGAAACAUCUAGACCUAACAGGAGAGUCUCAGAAAGAGUUUGUGAGACUACAGGAAGACAAACUACACCUGAAGCAACAAGUGGAGGUGUUAGAAAUGAAGAAUACGGAGCUGAAACAGAGUGAGGAGAAGGUGAGGACGGCCAACUUGGAGCUUUGCACCAAGAUGAGGGAGAUGAUCCAGGAGCUGGACCAGGAGAAGCAGGAGGCUGCUCAGAGAGAUGAGCGUGUUCAUCAGCAGUACAGGGACGACGUGGUGGACCGGGUCAGAACCGAGCUCCUGCUGGAACAUGACGCUCAGGUGGAGCAGCUGGCGGCUCAGCACCAGCAGCAGCUCCAACAGCUACAGACACAGCUGUCUGAGGCCAAUGACAAGAUGUUGGCCGUGCAAGAGUGUUACAUAUCUGUCUGCAAGGAGAAGGACAUGCUGGAGAAAGAGGAGGCUUUGAUCAGAGAAAAUGAGCUCAAGAUGCGAGAAACGAGUGGCCCAGCUGUGGAGAAGCUGAGGGCCGAGCUUGAGGCUCAGCAUGAGGCCUCGAUAAAACAGCUCAAAGCUCUCUGGUCCAAAGAAAAGGAGACGGAGAUCCAGGAGCAAGUGGACUCUCAAGUUGCCUUAGCCAAGGCUGCCUGGGAGGAGGAACUGCACAAGAUGGAGAAGGCCUGGGUGGAGAGGCUGGAGGAGGCUAGGAGAGAGGAACAUAAGGAGACGGCUGAGGCUUCCUGUCAGGCAGAGACGGAGGCCAGCGGUGUGAGAAUCACUGCAGAGGAGCUGGACUCCAGGCUCAGUGCCCAGAGACAGCAGCUGCUCCUGGAGGCUGAGAGAGGCAAUCGCAAAGCUGUGGAGGAAGCCAGGAAACAAGCCCAGAGAGAGCUGCACGAGAAACAUCUGGACGACAUGGCCAACCAGGUUGAAGGUGCAGUAACCAGGGCCUACAAUCGCUGGAUUGAAGAUUUGACGUCAUUACCAGAAUAUCGAGCCGCUCUCCAAACAGAAAUGGAGAAAUGGGAAGUACUACAAGAGAAACGCACAGGACAACAGGUUUCCCAGGCAGAGGAGAAGUGGAAUAAGAAGCACAAGAACCAGCUGGAGGAGCAGAGACUGGAGGAGCUACAAACGGAGGUGGCAGCUCUGCAGAGUCAGGUGGAGCAGGGGAGGAGGGAGCAUGCGGCGCUGCUGAAGGCUGAGCUGGCUGCAGCCCGAGCAGCCUGGAGCCGAGACAAACAACAGGAGAUCUCUGUGACCCUGGCCCGCAGUGAGCAGGCGUACCAGAGAAAGCUGGAGCAGGCUGUACAGCAGGCCAGAGGGGAGGCGGCGCUGCACAGAGAGGAGCUGCUCCUGCAGGCGGAGGCCAAGCUACAGCAGACUGUGAGGGCCCGGGAGGAGGAGUGGAAAUGUCGGCAUGCAGAGGAGGAGCAGGUCCAGAGGCAGCAGACGAGAGAUGAAUUAAUGACAGAACUUCAGAUGGCUCUGUCAGAGGUCCAGGCACAACUUCUCAGGGAUCCCAAAACAAAUCAGCAGCCCACUGAAGACCCCAGGAGGAGCAGCGGGGACACAUCAGAGCUCACAGUCACACACAUCAUCCAAACCGCCUGCAGAGACAUAGUCAACAGAGCAGUGUCUCAAGCCAAGAAGCAAUGGACCAAAAUAAGUGAGGAGAGACUGAGCCUUGUGUUAAAAGAAACACAGGAGCAUCAUGAGAGAGAAAUAGACCAAAUGCAGAGCUCUUUGUCCCAGAGGAAGGAGCCGGCCCGCUGCAGGAAGGAGUGCGCUGAGACUUUAGGAAAGCUGCAGAAGAAGAACCAGGAGCUGCAGAGACACUUAGAGAAAGCCUGUCGUCAGCUGCAGCACCGCGUCCGGGAGCACAACUCUGCCAUGCAGCAUCUGAAAGAUGAGCAUGAAAGCAGCUUGAAAACCAUGAAGGAGGAACAUCUGCAGCAGCUGGAGGAGGUGAAGAGAGCCAAAGAAUCCUCAGGGAGUUCUGAUCACCAACAAAAUACGCAAGGCCUAGAAGAGAUGGAGCAGCAAUACGUGACGACUGUAGAAAAGAUCAGAGGAGACAUGCUGCGUUACCUCCAGGAGAGUCAAGAGCGAGCAGCAGAGAUGAUCCGCGUGGAGGUGCAGAGGGAGAGGCAGGACACGGCCAGGAGGAUGCGGCGCUAUUAUCUGACCUGUCUGCAGGAGUUACUGGAGGACGGGGGAAAGAAUACAGGGGCUGAGAAGAAAAUAAUGAAUGCUGCUAGCAAGCUGGCAGCCAUGGCUAAAGUACUGGAGACGCCUGUCAGAAUUAAAUCUUCAAAGAACUACAGCUUACAAAGUAGAAAUGCAGGUUUCAGUAAGAACCCGUCGACUCUCCCUGAGCUCCCUGACAUCAGGCCAGAGAGAUCGCACAGGGAAAAGACUUCAGAGCAGAAACAAGUCGCCACACCGAGGACGAAACCUUCGAGUCACAAAGACCUUCCUGCCACUGAGAAGGAGGCAGCGGCAGUAGAUGCAAGACUGAAGACUGCUGGUAACGCACAUCUCCGCUCUUACAAACCUUCACAUCAGACAAAUUCAUGCCAGGGGGAUUUUGUCGAUGCGUCUGUGAGGAGUAAAAACAGAGAGCUCUGCCUGCAGGGAGUCAACCGCCUUGACUCAGAGCGACAGAGCCACCCGCUCCUCAUCCAGGAGGCUCCUGUCAGAGACGAGAGGAGGACGGACUGGAGCAUGAGCAGCAGUGACUCGGACGCAGGCUUCCAGGCCUCCACACUCUCUUACUCAGGGAGGAAAGUGGAGCAGGUGAAGCCUUUUUCUGUCUCUGCUGCGUCAGCCUGUCACCUGGGAGAGUUUGGUAGACUCACCCCGAACGUUUCUGACCUGACUGUCUAUAAUGAAAUUGCCAAAAAGACACCUCACACCCAGACUUUGAGCGUUCAGCAUGCAAAGCUCAGCACACACCGGGAGCCCACGCCUGGCUCCGAGGGCGAGGAGCAGCGGGGGGGCCGUCCCCGGCCUCAGUUCUCUGAGCUGAGACAACGGCAGCAGGACAGCGGCUUCGACAGUCCGUUCUACCAGCAGAAAUGACAAAGUGAGGGCAGGUAUGAAGUGAAGUAGGCAGAUAAACUUUGAACUGAGUUCUAACAAUUUCAGUAAACUUACAUUAAUGUGCCUUUUUUUAAUUAAGUGUUUAAAGUUUACUCGAUGUAGAACCGUUGCCUUCAUGGAUGUUUGCAGUGUGUUUCUUUGUGUUGCUUUAACAUUGUUAACAGAAUAGUUUGACAUUUAGGAAAUUGGCUUAUUUGCUUUCUUGGCAAGAGACAUUGAUGGAGAUUGAUACUCUCAGACACUCAGUCUUGAGUUCGCAAAAUAUAAACCUGCAGCCAGUAACCUAAGUUUAGCGUACAAACUGGAAAUGAGGUGGAAAAUCAAAUCCAAUUGGGAUUUCCAAAGUUCGCUAAAAACAACCCACCAGAACAGAAUGUUUGUUUACAAAACAGUGUCGAAUAUAAUUGAGUAGAAUAACAAAUUGUAAUGUUAUGGGGGCUUAUGUGAUGAUAUAGUUCCAGUAAUACUGUGAGUUAACCAAACAAGAAAUAGUAAACAAAUUAAAUAUAAUUUACACAAGAAAUAAGGUUCAGAGAGACACAGGCUAGUUUUCUCCACAUGUUCCCAGCUUUUGUGCUACGCUAAGCUAACUUUACAGACAUGAUAGUGGUUUCAAUCUUAAUUUACCUCUCGACAAGAAAGCAAGUUAGCGUUCCAAAAGGAACUUUUUCUUUAAUGCAGAAAUUGUUCCAGUGUUUCCAAAGAAACAACUUCUAUGUCCUGGUCCAGAUAAUCUCAGAACAGGCGUAACACUCCUUUAAACAAAACAACAUAUUUGUUUUGUGAUUUGUUUAUUAGAUCUCUCAUAUGCCUGUUGAACAUUUCAGUGUAGCUUUAAAGCUGCAGGUGUUUGUUCGCAAUGUCAGUGAGGCACUUAGAAGUGAUCCUUUCAUAAAGUAUACGUGUAUUUUUAGAAAAAUAUUACAGGUCAAACGCUGUCCACACUGUAAUAUUUAACUUGUGAUACCUUGAAGACUGAUACUGGCAGGUCACUGCACCCUGUACUGUAGACUGCCACAGAGAACUAGAUUAAGUGUUCUGCACCUCCGUCGUUAUGCCUGUUUUUAUAUUUUCAUAUAUUUUAUAUAACGUUAAUGAGAUAUGCUGUGCGUAGAUCAUAAAUGUUUGUUUUUUUAUAAAUGUAUUUAAUUUGUUUUAAUAAAUAUUAUCAUAUGCUUGCAAAUUAA